AUGGCUAGUCCUCCCGUUCUAGCUUUCGAUGCCGAGGGCCGCCCAGUGAAGUUCGAAACCUGGCUAGAUGACCUGCACCUGUUCCUACAGCUCACUGCCAAGGAAGAUAUCUCACUGUACGACCAUGCCCUAGGCCAUGCCACUGCCCCUGACUCGUCUGCUGACAGCACUCUGCGUUCCCAGUGGCAGACCCGUGAUGCGCACGCUCGCUUUGCUAUUUGCAACUCCCUGCCGCUAGACGAGCGCGAGCACUUCGGCCAGUGCAAGACUGCUAAGGACCUCUACACCGCUGUAGUUGCCCGCUACUCCUCGCCCGCUUCUGCCACGCUAGGCCGCCUCACUCUCCCCUACCUGUUCCCCGACCUAGCCUCCUUUCACACUGUCGCAGACCUCAUCACCCACCUUAAGACUAUCAGGGAUCACUUCCUCUCUCGCUCCCCCACUGAGCUCACUGUUGCCCUCCUCGAGAAGGAACUGCUUGCAGCUGAGGCGAGCAUCGUCGCUGUAGGCACCUCUCGUGGCGACCCCCGCACCCCGUUCUUUGAGGGGUGUUCCCCUUCCCCCCUCCUCCCCUCUGUCGCCUCUGCUGCUGCUGUCGACCUUCUUGGUGCUGAGAAGGUCGGGACCGCGUCUGCUUCGAGCGGGCGCCGCAGGAACAAGGGGGGCAGGGGUGGGGGUGGCGGCGGAGGAGGUGGGGGUGGAGGCGGUGGGAGUGGAGGCGCGGCUGGGGAGACUAGUGGCGGCAGUGGGGGAGGAGACAGCAGCGGUGGGAGUGGUGGUGGAGGCGGCAGCGGAGGCGGAGGUGGUCGUGGCGGCGGCAGGGGUGGAGGUGGCCGGGGCGGCGGCGGUGGGGGUGGUGGUCGUGGAGGCACUGGCGGAGGGCAGAGUCAGCAGCCCACCCCGACGCUUCAGGCCGCCCGUGAGUGGUAUGCGCAGCGUAGCGUUACCUGCACGUACGUCAUUCGCACAGGUGACCGCAGCGGCCAGCAGUGUGGGAGGCCGCACCCCACGCAGCGCUGCUUCGCGCGCCUUAACGACGCGUGGCGCACUCAGUUUCCUGCUGCCACUGAGCUGCCGCGCUGGGCUGAUCUGGAAAAGAGGGGUGUUGAUGUUUGGGACCGUUAUUUCUGA